AGCCAUCAUGGCUCAGGCCGCCCGGCUCGGCGCCGAGGUGUUUACCCGGCCCCAGACCACGCCCCCAUAGCCGAAGGUUAGGGCGGGCGGCGCAGCGCGUGGGCGGAAGAGUUGCGGUGGACCCCGCGAUCAUGGCGGACGCCGCGAAGGACAAGUUCAGGAACAACGAGAUCAAUUUCCUCCAGGAGCAGAACCACACCAUCCUCCAUUCGCUCGAGAAGGUGGAGCACGAGCGCGACGAAGCGCGCGAGCAGAUCAGGGCAUGCCAAGAGAGGGACGCGCACAUCGUGAGCGAGGUCCAGGCCGUCCGGGACCGCACUGCGCAGCUGGAGGCUCGUCUGCAGCAGGACACUCAUGAGACAGGCGCCAAAGACGAGCACGUCAAGGUCUUGUCGGAGCAGAACAACCAGAUGAUUGCGCUGCUGGAGGCGGAGGAGACAAAGUCCAAGGACGCCGCCGCCAAGAUCCGCGAGCUGGACUCGCACAAUCGCCGGCUGCAGGUGAUCGCCGACGAGUUCGAUUCCGUGAAGGCAGAGCUGGAGCAGCAGGUGGCCUCCGCGAAAGCCAGGUGCGCCGACACCGUCGCGAACGUGCGCGGGCAGCGCAACAUCAACGAGACCCUGCGCACCAACAUCCAGAACGCGGAGGCCAAGACCAGGGUCGACAUGGAGUCCCUCGGCCAGGCGCUCCAGGUCGUCGACAGCAAGAACCUCGAGUACAUGCAGCGCAUCAACAAGCAGGAGACCAGGCACCAGGCCCUCGACGCCGAGACCGCGAUGGUCAAGGAGCAGGUCGAGAAGGUGCGCGCGGACAUCGACAGGCUCAGAGCGGAGCUCGCGGGCGGCGAGGAGGGCCGCAGCUCGUUCGAGAGGGCGCGCGGGCCGCUGGAGGCCGCCAUCGAGGCCCUCGAAAUACAGGCCGACACCCUGAGGAAGGCCCUGAGCACCGCCGAGCGGGCCAACGAGCAGGUCCAGGAGGAGAACCGCGGCACUUCCGAGCGUUGCCGCGAGACGGCGGACAAGGUGUACGCGCUGAUGGACUCCCUCCGGUUGAACCAGCUCGAGCUCAAGAAGCAGGAGGCCGAGAACAUGGGCCGGGACAAGAAGCUGACGUCCCUCGAGCGCCAGUGCGAGAACUUGCAGGCCAAGAUCACCAUGGAGAGCGACGCCAGAGUGCUGGCGGAGCAGGAGCGCAGGGAGGCCGAGCAGGAGUCCGCCGUCCUGAAGAAGAAGAACCGGAAGUCGGAGGAGGCGGUCACCGCCUCGCAGCAGGCCCAGGAGAAGGCCGAGAAGGAGAUGUCCACGGUCAGCGACAGGGUCCAGCAGCUCCAGACGCAGAACUCCUACCUGGCCAGCCGCAUCGACAGCCAGGAGGAGGAGAAGAGCACGAUCAAGGUCGAGGUGAAGAAGGUGGCGGACCGCUGCUCCAGCGUCUCGGCCGAGAACACGGCACUCCGGGACGAGAUCGACUCGCUCGAGGAGGAGGUGGCGACCAUCACCAGCGACGCGCAGGCGAUCAAGAAGGAGCUCGACUACAUCAAGCGCGAGGACGUGCUGGACGAGGCCGGCAGGCAGAGGCCCGUGCUGAUCCAGUCCGCCGAGUCGGACCUCCUGGACAAGCUGCAGAUCAACGAGUUCCUGUACGAGGCGCAGCAGGCGCGCAACCCGACGCCUCCCCUCAUCGAGAAGAUCGCGCAGCUCCUGGCCAUGCUGCACGAGGGGCAGUCCAGGUCCGACCAGUACCUCAACGACCUCUCCAAGUCGAACGGGCUUGUUGCGGCGCUCCGGCAGAGGAACAUGGCCCUCUUCAGCCGCACGCAGGAGUUCGAUUCGUUCAAAACCAGGGCUCUAAUGAGGUACAUAAUGAAUCUCAUCGAAACUGGCAGCGUCUCAAGCCUCCACUUGGAUGGCCUAAGCUUCGGCGAGCGCGAGAUCAACGAGAUGAUGAGCUUGGUGCAGCGCUACGACGCUCAGGACACGGUUCACUAUCUCAGUCUCCAAGAUAACGCGUUGGAUUCUGACUCGGUCGGGCUGCUGAUGCAGCUGGUGUACACCUUGCCAUAUUUGCGCGCGCUGGAUCUCAGGCAGAACCACCUGGACCCCGAGAGCGCCAAGAAGCUCGAGGAGCAGCUGCGCGCCAUGGAGGGCGUCACGGGCGUCGUGCGCACCGCAAAUGGUAUUAUAAACGUGCAUAGUGGCAGCCAGAUCCGCCUGUGCGUUGACGUGAGCGAUCAGGUCCCGAAGGACACCGCCGCCAAGGAGAUCGACUUCAGCGUCCAGCAGGAGCUUAGCUACCAGGACGCAGACCCGUUCAUCGCCUCCAACGCCGGCGCCUCCCAGAACUCGUGGGCGAGGACAGCAGCGGCCACGCAGGGGGUCCAGCAGCAGCCCCAGCGGGGCGCGGGCGGCGCGCGGGCCGUGCCCGAGCCGGCCAGCGCCACGGACGUGCCACAGGCCAGCGCGCGGCUGCCGUCGCAGGAGGCGCCCGCCGUGGGCGGCCCGCCCGUGGGCCUCGGCGGCCCGGGCAGCGUCGCGCGGCUGAACAAGAGCCAGUCCGCGCGGAAGCCGGCCAAGGCCCUGGACCCCAAGAAGCGCAGCGCUCGCCGCGCCAAAGGCGCCCCGCCGGCGCCCCUGGACUACCACCCUCUCGCCGGGACGUGCCCGGCGCCAGUGGACAAGCGCCCCCCCGGCCUCGUGGAGCCGCCGAGGUCCUUGGCGCCAGCGCGAGUGGGCCAGGGGGUCCCCACGGCGCACCUGCGGCCUGGGACGGGCUCCUGCCUCCGGAGCGAAUCCCACACGGAUCUGCGGGACGCGCGGCGCACCGCGCAGGCGCUCCACCGGCGGCCAGACCCCGCGGAGGGCAUGGACCGCUCCUGCUCGCUGCCGAGCCUGGCCGGGCUGCCCAGGCAGCAGGCGUACUCUUGGGGCCGCGCGUGAGCACCCCAUUGGCCCCUCACACCGUCGCAAGGCCGUCCGGCCCCCGCCGCCGCCCCGCCGUCCUGCUUUUCCGUGCUGGUGCUGCUCAUCACAUGCCCGUCCUCGUCCAUGCUCCACCCUCUCCUGCCUGUGCCUCCGCCUCCUCCGUGAU